AUGGUGCAUAGUGACAAAGAGACUCUGGUUGACCAAAGCAGUCAGCCAGAUGCGCUGUCUUCGGAGAGGUCGAUUGGGACGACGCGGGUCGCUGGGAUUCUCGGAGCCCUUGGCCUUGUUUUUGGGACGCUGGGCCUGGUGAUAACAUGGGGAGCGGAGGUUUCUCCGGAGUCCCCUACAUCAGACGCCGGGGAGGAAAGCUUGGAUCUCAGCGAGCUGAUGGAAUUCUUCAGAUCCCUGAAGGCACACCCGCUGGGUGCCAAAGCCCUCGCAGAUGCGAAUGCAUCCUUCGGCCUGACGCGUGACAGCCUGGGUCGGAGGAUCUGGGAAGACCUGCCCGUUCCCACACUCUCCGAUGCAGCGGGCCCACGAAGCCUGCAGGUUUCCCUGCAGAAGCUGCCGGAGCCUCGAAUUCUGUCUGAGGACGUAAUGGAGAAUCUGGAGACUGCCUCAACAAGCCGCCCUCGGCCACCCGAUGCGCCUCUCCUCCGGGAGCUCGCUCAGAUGCUGGAUCCUGAAGGACGCCCGGUGCCACCGACAUCCGACAUCUUCAGCCCAGAGUCGGUUCGAGCCUUUGAUACGACCACCUGCUUCUUCGAUGUCUACCAGACGAUGCAGUACAUUGCCUAUGCUGGGCUCAUGAUCUAUUAUUGCACAAUUGCUGCAAACGACGUGGACCUUGCUGCUGAUAUCACAGGUGUCGAGGCCUCCGUUGCGUGGGUCGCUUCUUACCUUGCCUCUGCUUUCUCCACUUGCAUUGGAGGACUGGUUGCAGGCGACUGUGUUUCGAACGUUGCAUGGACUGCUGGUAACUUUCCUCAGCUGGCGUCGGACGCACUGUCCAUUGUUGGCGAUUGCAGCAGUGACAACCAGACGGAGCGAUUCGAGCCUCAGUUUCGACGACGACGAGACGGUAUUUUGAGUCUUGUAAAUGGUACGCGCUUGGAUGAGAUACGGGCCAUCCUGAAGAAACUGCGCCAGAGGCGUCAUCGUCCUAAUAUUCUUCAGCGAUUCCGGCUCAAGGAGAAGCUUUUCACUGGGCGCCAGCUACGUACCCGAGGUACCCCUCCGAAUGCGCAGCUUGAGGCGGCUCAGGCCAGCUGUUUUUUCGACUCUCAGGCUAUGAUCAGCUUCUUCGCUCGGUUCGGCUUGCAAGUUGUUACUGAGAUGAAGGAUUGUGCAGUUGUGGACACGGAGAACGAUGUUGCCUGCACAUGUGUGAGCCCUGUCGGCCCGAUGUCGGUGGGUGACUGGGAUGAUGUCCUGGUGUCCCUGGCAAGCAGGGAUAGCUGGGAUACAGGCAUAGAUAGGCUAGCUUUAAACAGCCAUGAGACGGAGCUCAAGGCCCAAAAUCACAGUGUGGGCCUCUUGCGCUCUGUGACAGCCGAAUACAUGUCGGAUUCAGACGCUGCUGCAUCGGGCCCCCUUGCCAAGCCCGCCAACUUGAACUUUAGAGUCACCAGCUGGUGGGGACGUCUUUUGAAGCUUCACACGCAAGAGAUGAAUGUGUGCCACCAACAAUCAUUGAAUGUGAAAGCAGUGAUGUCAGCAUGUACGGGAAUCUUCUGCGAAGGCGAGGCACUCCGUGCGCUUGGUAUCCCGUUCCGCUGUUUGGCAGGGGCUGAGAAGGAUCCUCAUUUCAGAUCCAUUGUAGCAGCCAAUCACACCGUGGAGCACAUGUACGAGAGCUUGGAGAGCAUGCUUAAGGAUCACAGCACCAAGCAUGCCAUCAAUUUGGCAGUGACUGGGUCACCUUGUAAUCCUUACAGUGUAAUGCGCUGCAAGCGCUUUUCCGACGGCUCGGUGGCGAGCCACAGCAUGCACGGCACGACCAUGCAGUCAGUCGUCGACUUCUAUCAGAAGUAUGAGCCUCAUGUGGGAAUCACGGAGCAAGUGGCGGGAUUCGGCCAGCGAACAAGCACGACGGAUCCUACGAGUCCUUACGAGAGGCCACGUUUAGUCAAGAGUCAGGUUUGCUCAUUGAGCUCGAUGUUUGUUGCUUGUUGUCGCGUUUCGGGCAGCAUGUUUGUGAGGGGUGGGUGGGUGGUGAAUCAGUUCAGUUGGAGUGCAGGAUGCAAACCAGCAAACCAUGCAAACGUUUCCGCGAAUCGUACGGGUCUCCCCGCGAUUGGCUUGCUUGCUUCAUUCUGCCGAGUCUGUCUGCUUCUCUUCUUUGCAGCUCUGUCGCAUGCUUACAUUGGCUUGCAUCUGAUUCAUAUCUCGAUGCGUCUCGCUUUGUAUAUCUAG